AUGCCGAGCAGAACUCUGGGAAACUUCCUAUGCAUUGAUUUCAACUCUUGCAUGGGCGAGAGGGACUGUACUUCUGAGCAGAAACUCAUGUAUGACUCUCUCGCUGAAACCGGUCUUCAACCCUUUCUUGAAGAGGCCGGCCCCAUUCUUCUAGACGAUGUCAAGGCCUUCUUUCGAAGCGCCUGCAUCAGGGGGAAGUAUAUCGUCUCUACUGUCAGAGACCAUACGUUCUGGAUCGAUGAGCCGGCCCCCAGUUCCACAGGUGGCCGAAAGAAGAAGUCCGCCAAGAAAGCCGAAGGCAAAGGCAAAGGAAAAGAGCAGGUGAUUUUCUCAGAACCACCACAGCAAACAGAAGAUGAGUGGGCAUCUGAGCACACCGAUCCAAAGGAGACCGAGGAUGAUAGAACGGUCAAUGAAGACGACUAUUCGGCCCAGAGUCCGAAUAAUGCCGGAUCAAACAUCAACCCUGAGACCGCCGAAGGCAGAGAAGAGGGUGGUAAAGAAGAGGUUGACAAAGAAGCCGAUGACGAAGGCGCCGACAAAGCGAGGGAGGAGGCCGAAGAAGCAGAGGCCGAUAGAUUAGCCCGGAAACUCCUUCAAGGUGUCAAAAGAAGAGCCGAGAUGGUUGAAGAGCUAUACUUGGAGUGGCACGAGCACCGGUUCGGUACACCAUAUAGAGAAAUCCUACCGGGCCACACGGAAAAACAAUGCCUCGACAGAUUGGAGGAAGUAGAGGACCUGAUGAUGGACGUUACAAACUUCAACACACUCCAAGAGAUACAAUACCGAACCUGUCUCUUGUUACCGAAAGUCCAACUUCGGAAACUACAAUCUCGGAUCCGGAAAAUUACGGAGGAAAUUAACAAGAUGGAAUCGGUGGACACCUUCGCGCUGCGGGUGAUAGCAAGGCUUGAAAUAGCCAAAGGGGAACUAAUUAAAGAAAUCGAGCGGCUGGAAGCCAUAUGUAGCCGGAUGCAAGUACCGGUCUAUACUGCUCCCCAGAUCGAAAAGUUUUCGGUUAACUGUCCAACACCUCCAAGGGAGGAUGCGGCACCGAUAGAAUCCAGUGACAGAGCCGAUUCAAAUCUCACCGAGCAAUCACCUCCCCCACCAUCAGAGGUCACCGCUUCAGACUUCACUAAAGAUUGGGUUGAGGACCGACUUCAAAAGCUUGAAGCAUCCAUAUCAGAACGGAUUAAUAGCCGCAUUAAAGAGUACGACGAGUCCGAGUUUCAGCCAUUCAUAGAAAGAUCCGGCAGGAUAGUUGAUUCGGCCCUCAAAUUCACCGAAGUCACAAGGAAUCUACUGGAAAGACAUCAAGAACGGUUCUCAGAACUCGGCAAAGGUCUGUGGGAAGAGGGGGUUCAGCAAGAUAAAUGUGUUCAGCGAACCAUAGUUCUGGAGGAUGUGACCUCCGAUUUAAAGAAGGACCUCGACCGGCUUGAGAGAGAUACCGAGCAAAGGCUGACUGCGAUGAAUGAGGAUCUGAUCGGCACGACACUUAAACGGGUCUCCAAACUCGAGAAGAUAAAUGGGAAUCUCGUGGCCGAAGUAAAGGUGCUUUCCGAACAAAUGGCCGAAAUUCUAAGGGCUAGGGCACCGCGCUCAUCCCAACUGACCGAAACGGAAGAGGAAGCCGCACGAAUUGAAAAGGCUGGGGCCAUAUUCCCAGGGUUUGCUGAGAAAGUAGUCUCUCAAGCAGUGGAAGAUGCUGAGCGGUUGGACAGGCAAAAACGGAAGCUGGACGAAUACGCAAAGGAAAACAAGAAGAAAAAGGCGGCCGCAUCCGCUUCAGCGCCGAAAAGGCGAAAGAAGGAAGCCCCUAAGAAAGUUCAGAUAGCCGAACUACUCAAUGAGGUCACUGACACGAUCAUCCCGAGUGCAUCGCAGCAGGCCGACCAAGUCGAGGAUGAAGUCGAAGAACAACUGCAGUCCCGGUCUAAAAGACGAAGAUCUUCCGAACCGACCGGUCGACAGCAACCGAAGAAGAAGACCAUAUAUGACUUCUCGGACUCCGAAUAG